GCAGGGUGAUAAGAUCCACAUGCGAGUGGAGGAGAGGAGCCAGAAACGAGAGUUCAAACAAACAGAGAGAAAGAGAGAGAGAAAAGAGAGAGAGAUAUUUAUAAAGUCACCUAGAGAAAUCUGCAUCAAAGUCUUUGUGGAUCAGUCCCAGAAUCCUUCAAUCGUCUCUUAGACCAGAAACUAAGAGUUGAACAGUUUUGGGAAGCAGUGAAGUUCUGCAGACUCCUCCUGAGGGACCUCCGCCGAUGGGCAUCAUCAGAUCCUCCUGUCCACAUCUCUGACUUACAGCUGGAAGACAAACCUACAGUGAGGAUGAGCCGUAAGGUCGCGCUGUGGCUGCUGUUCACCGCCGCUCUGUGUGGCGUCUCCGCAGCUCGCAAGAAUCGACCGCCGAGCUCCAUCCCGUCACCUUUCAAAAACAACGGCAACACCUCAGACCGGCGCGGCCGUAAGCAGGAGGUUCUCGCCUCGAGCCAGGAAGCUCUGGUGGUGACGGAGAGAAAGUACCUGAAGAGCGACUGGUGUAAAACUCAACCCCUGCGGCAGACGGUCAGUCAGGAGGGAUGCAAGAGCCGGACGGUCAUCAACCGCUUCUGUUACGGCCAGUGUAACUCCUUCUAUAUACCGCGGCACGUGAAGAAAGAGCAGGAGUCGUUUCAGUCGUGCGCGUUCUGCAGACCGCAUCGCUUCACAACACUGACGGUCGAGCUCGACUGUCCAGACCUACAGCCGCCGCUCCGUUACCGCAGGAUUCAGCGCGUUAAACAGUGUCGAUGUAUGUCGGUGAGCGUGACGGAGUCUGGGAAACAAUGAGCGUGUUACUGUACAAACACUAUAGGCUGCUAUCUGAGGCUGUAGGACUGCACGCGUUCAGCACAGCGAAUCAAGAGGAACCGAAUCACCGGCCUCCAUUAGAUGAAUCACUCAUACAGUUCAUUUAUCCGCUUUCAUUAGAAGCGAACAGAAGUUCCAUAAAGGCCCACGUGGUUCUGCUCGAGUCUUACUGACUGAACCUGAGAGAGACUCGAACCCGCCGGUGCUGCUGAGGUUACUUUAGAGUUAAAAACAUGACGACCUAUAGACUAUAGAGCGACUAUACAGAGAUUCUAUAGUACAGUAAAUCUGUAUUUAUCUAAAGAAAACUGAAGUUUAUAUUAAAACUAUUUUAAAUAACCAUCUGUUUAUUUCUUCUUUUGUUUGGACAUGGAGUUAAAGCUGAAGUUUGUGGGGAGAAACCUUUCAUCAGCCCAAACUUAAAUGUACAAAAUAAAACCUGUUAGCAGUUUGAACUAUUACACACUUCACAUUUACAGGUAGUGUUAGUAAAAGUUAAACUGGAUGGAUUUGAAUGUUAAAGUGGAAUCAGUGAAUAAUUGAGUGAUGUUGAUCAUCAGAGAUACAGUCAAGUAAACACUGAGUGCAUACGUAAGAAAUAAUCAGAGACGGGCUGUUGAAUUAUUCAAAAAUAAUGCACACCCAAGGUGGUAAUGUGAGGCAUUAUUUUCAUUAUAUAUACCACGGGUCUGUUGAAUGCUUUAUUCUGAUUGGUUGAGAAAUGUUUAAUGAGUGGGUGUUGAUUAUUGACUCGGAUUCUUUGAAUUAUUUGAUAAUAAUGCACACCCUCAUCAUGUAUCUCUGCUUCAUGUUGUGCCACAAAACCACUUUGUGUGUGUGCAUUAUUUUGUAAUAAUUCGACAGCCCAUCAUCAGUUAUUAUUAUCAUCCUUACAGAAUAGAAAAAGACCGGAGUCAAUUAUUCCUCUUAUACCACAGACAUUUCCCUGGUGGUUAUUUUAAGACAUUUGACAGGUCAGGUGUGCAUUUAUUGAAAAAAUAAUCAACACCUGUGGAACAUUUCUCAACCAAUCAGAAUUAAGUAUUCAACAGCCUCGUGGUAUAAUCACAAUAAUACACAUGUAUUCAUUAUACACUUUAAUAAAUCAAACCAGAUUUAUGUGUUUUCUCAAACUGUUUGUCAUUUUGUAAUGAUCGAUUGAAUGGAGGUUGCCAACCCUGAAAACAGCCAAAUAUUGGAUGACCAGAUCCUGGAUCCGUAUGAAGAUAAAAACAGAAAGUGUGAUUUGUAAAGUUGUGUAUCUUGUGUUCAGUGUAAAUCACAUUAAAGAGAAAUGUUUGAAUUGAA